UCUUUUUUACAAGCUGCUUUCAAUCUCGCGAACAUUUUAAUGGGUGUGGGUCUCCUUGGACUUCCCUUUGUUUUUCGUAGUGCUGGGUGGUUCGGUGGUUUUGUUUGUCUCUGUAUUUUUGGUCUUAUUACAUGGAGGACUUCUAUUUUAAUUGGGCGGGAGCUCAACGCACGCAUGUUCCCUCCGAUUAGCUCGUUUCCUGAUAUUGCACGCGCCGCCUUCGGCGACACCGGAUGCUUGAUACUCUCCGUCAUUUUAUACUUCGAGCUCUUUUCCUGCGUUUGCAUUUUCUUUGUAACGAUCGGAGACCAUUUACAUCAAUUGUUCCCAAUGAUUUCGGUAUCGAACCACAUGAUUAUGGUUGCUGUCGUGUCAAUUGUUCCUACCAUUGUUCUUCGAACGCCGACCCUUCUCUCAUACUUGAGCAUGAUUGGUACUUUCGCUACAAUUGCUGUUGUCUUUUCUGUUGUUGCUGCAUCUAUCAUUGAGGGCGACAUCUCGGAAGAUGUCGCUGAGAAGAAAGGUGUGGAAAUGGAAGGAGGAUACCACGGAGAUUUCCGUCCAGAAGGUCUCGCGCUUGCGCUUGGAUUGGUGGCGUAUUGCUUCAGUGGCCAUGCCAUUGUCCCUUCUAUAUACUCAUCCAUGGAAAAACCUCAGCAGUUUGAACAAAUGGUUACGCUCACUUUCAGCGUAGUGGUUGGAUGCUGUCUUGCCGUGGCCAUUGCAGGCUACUACAUGUUUGGAGACAUGGUGGAGGACCAGGUUACUUUAUCGUUGGAGGAGAAUUCCAAGGCCGAGCGUGCAAUGAAAGCCCUUACCUGGCUUAUGGUGUCUACAGCUUUUUCGAAAGUAACUCUGACCAUGUUCCCAUUAGCGCUUGGCAUUGAAGAGAUUGUGGCGCCGUUUUUGACGAGUCAACGCUUGGUAGAUGCUGCUUCGGCCACAAUCAAGUUGGUGAUGACUGUCCUGGCACUAUGCGUUUCAAUUUUUGUGCCGUCCUUCAGUCUGUUAUGCUCACUAGUUGGUAUGAUUUGCACUAUGUCUGUGAGUGUUAUAUUCCCUGCAGCGGCGCACCUCAAAAUGUUCGGGCCUAGACUCUCAAUGUGGGAAAAAUUGACAGACUGGUUUUUUGUCGCCGUCGGCCUGGUAAUGGCGGUAGUCGGGACAGUCGCCACAAUUUAG